CAGGGGCGUCACCGUCACGACGCCGUCGCUGACGCGCAUCCUGCUCGAGGGGCCUGAUCGAGAGGUGCUCAUGAGUUUUGCUGGUGUGGUGCGCAAGUGGAGGCCGCCGGAGCCGUACAAGGGCAAGGGCGUGUUUAUAAAUGACCAGACGAUCAAGUUGAAGCAGAAGAAGAUUAAAUAAAUGACACGACUAUGACAUGAGAGAGGGGAAAGGGCUUAGGGUCAAUGAUGAUGUGGUGGCUAUGAAUAAAAAGGAGUGUGGGGGGAGAAACGACAAAUGUACAAUAUGUGGUCUUUUGGUAUGGGUGUUUGACAGACUUGUAUUAUCAUCAGUUGAAAACAAAAAGGGCCUCUUUCGCGAGGUAUUUAGACACACACACACACACACACACACACACACAUAUAUAUAUAUAUAUAUACCUAUAUAUACCAUAUCUGUAUAUUCCCAAUCAUCAUUCAAGAUUUAAACAUGGGUAGAUAAAAAUUUGUUUAGUCCCUUACGAUGGUA